AUGAUUAACAAUGAAAGGAUUGUUGUGGUCAAUGUUUAUUUCCCUGUGGACGCAGAGACCGUAUAUUUUAUUGAGAAACUACAGAGGAUUGUUAACGACUUUCAAGGCACACAUAUAGUCAUUGCAGGGGACUUCAACGCCCAUUCACCUGCAUGGGGCGGCAAGAACUUGGACACACGUGGGAGCCUCCUUGAAGAAUUCUUUGCGCUUAAUGGUUUACUUAUUAUAAACAAUCCAUACUCACCACCCACUUUCACAUCGAGCAGAAGUGAAAGCUGGAUUGACGUGGCGGUUUUCAAUGACAGCUCAUACUCCAGGAUAACAAACUGGAGAGUUAUCAAUGAUGAGAACUUAAGUGAGCAUGCCUAUAUUGAAUAUGAAUUGACAGACUCAGGUGAUGGGGAUAGGCCGAUAUUUGCAUCACGUCCUAAAUAUGCGCUCAAUCAAGCUAACUGGAUAGGAAUUAAGAACUAUUUAGAGGAACACCUAAUUGAAACUUACUCAGAGGAGCCAGAGGUAGCUAGGAUACAACUAGACAGUAACAUUAAGGCCAUUACUAAGGCUUGUGAAAUUUAUAUUCCAAAAAAGAGAAUAAAUAGGAGAAGUGCCCCUUGGUGGACGGCGGAUCUGAGCAAACUCCGAAGUAUAAGAAGAAGACUCAGAAAGCAGUACCAGAGAUGUCACUACGAUAGCACAAGGAGGACUCAUAGGAAGAAUUAUCUACAAAGUCAAAGAACAUAUAAGCAAGUUAUAGAAGACAUAAAAACAAGAAGUUGGCGAGAGUUUUGCACCAGGGCAUCUUAA